AUGUGGCCUUCCAAGACUCAGCGUGCUGUGGCCCUGGGCAUGGGCGGUCGCUGGUACACUCCAUGUGCGACGGGUCCGACGGUGGGCAACCGGCCAGCGAACUACUCUCUAGGAUACAGAUGCGGCUAUCCAUGCAAGAAAUACACGAUCACCCCAGAAAAUCAAAUAAGGAGCAUUGUAGAUGCAUGCCUGCAACCUGGCUACAAUAUAUCCUUCUACGUGGACACCAACUUUGAAGCGCUCGUUGCGUUUGACGUCAAGCAACAGAAAAUCUUCACCUACGACAGCGCUUCCAACCUCCGUUCGAAGGCAUGCCAAGCCAAGAAGUCAGCGACAAAUUUCACGAACUUAAUGGCGGCCGUGGACAUUCAAUUGGAGGACUACAACAAUAGCUGCGGGCACGGGACCUUCCCACGACUCUAUAUGCUCAAGCGGCUGUCAGAAUUCUUUUCUUCCAGCUAUUCAUCUCCCGAUAAGGAAGGAGAAUGCUUGUCAAUAUAGAGUUCGCGUAGAAUGCUAUAUAGAAUGC